AACAGUACCACCAGCAGUAACAAAGUCGAAGAAAAUGGGGGAAAAUAUCAUGCCAGUUUCAGUCUCUCAUUGUUCUUCUGUUAUAUUCGCACACUCCUCCCUCGCGUGUGGUACUAUGACGUCACUAACUCGUACCUGUGCAGCAGGUACAGUCGACUCCGGGCGCGCGCAACUUUUGCGUGUAGGAUUCCGCAAGUAACGCGGAAGUGUAAAAGAGCCACAAACCUGUUUAUGUCCUAACGCCCUUCAUGGACUUCUGUUUUUGUUACUCGUGGAGCGGUACACGGAAGAUGUUGAACUGAAGCGCACAUUUCAGUUAAAUCUCCGUAAAUAUCUACUUCACCAUGUCAUUCUCAGAAGUCAAGGAUGACAUAGAGCUGGAUGUGAUGAGUAGGGAAAACAUUGAAAAUGGCAGAGAGGCCUUAAAACCAAUGCUAAGCUCACCUAAUGCUGCUGUGCGAUCAUUUGACUGCAUACUUGUAGCACAUUUAGUUGAAGAUGAAGAUAAUGAGAGAUUAAGGAAAAAGCAGGAGGCCUACAUCAGCGAGCUCAAAUCGAAAAAUUUGAAUGUGACUAAAAUCCACCAUGAUAACAAGAUAUUCUAUGGUGUCCGUGCCCCUGAGGAAGUCUUCAACAAGUAUAAAUACCUGCUGAAGGUGUCUGAUUCUUGUAACUGGAGUGCUGAAUAUGGAGGUUAUGUCCAAAACACCACAAGGAUCAGGAUUGUCCAUUUUAUCCUUCAACAAACAUUUAUUGGGACAGGAGAGGUCCUGAAGGAUCUUAUGAAGCAAAACGUGUUCGAGACCUUGUUCUGCCUGCAUGAGAGGACACAGCAGGAGUACCUGAAGAGAAAGUGGGCCAGCUGGGGGGCCUUAAAACAUCUACUCAGCCAACCUGUUGAUGAUGUCAGGGACUAUUUUGGUGAGAAGGUAGCAUUGUAUUUUCUAUGGCUUGGCUGGUACACACGCUUGCUGAUCCCUGCUGCCGUCAUUGGAGUGGUUGUGUUCCUUUAUGCCCUGGCUUUCUUUGAUUCAAACCCCCUCAUAAAGGAGGUCUGUGAGUCAAAUGUCACUAUGUGUCCAAUAUGUGACAUAAGGUGCCAAGUGUGGAAACUUUCUGACACCUGUUUUUAUGCUAAGUUGAGCCAUCUAUUUGACAAUGAAGGAACCGUGGCCUUUGCAAUGUUUAUGGCUGUUUGGGCCACUUUGUUUCUGGAGCUGUGGAAGAGGCAUCGAUCGCUACACGUCUCCAGGUGGAGAGUCUUUGACUGGUGUGAAGAUGAGGAGGAACUGAUCCUGGAGAUUGUAAAUGACCCGCAUUGUAAACCCAAGGAGUAUAAACAUUCAUACAUACAGAGCUUUCUUGUUCUUCUGCUGUUCACACUGGUGCUGGUGGUGAUCAUAGGUCUAACGCAUGCUCUAGUGAUCUGCCGUGUGGUGUCUGCCAUGCUCCUAUCUCAGACCCAGUGGAAGUUUCUGAGCGAUAAUGCCAACAUGAUUGCAGUGACUCUGGGAGCAGUGCUGCACUACAUCACUAUACAGAUUAUGACUCGGGUGAACAGAUUUGUGGCAUUAAAGCUGUGUACAUUAGAAAACACUCGCUCAUUUGCAGCCACAGAGAGGAGCUUUACUGUGAAAAUGUUCACCUUCCAGUUCUUCACUCUCUUCUCCUCGCUAAUAUAUGUGGCCUUUUUUCUGGGCAGGAUUAAUGGCCACCCAGGCAACUAUGUACGAAUAGCUGGAAAAUGGAGACUGGAGGAGUGCCACCCUAGUGGUUGCCUUACUGACCUCUUCAUUCAAAUGGCCAUCAUUCUCCUCCUCAAACAAACCAUCAACAACAUAUUUGAGUUUACUGUGCCGUGGUUCAAGCUUCAUCUUAAACGUGUAACAUUUAAGAAAGACCUGAAGAAGUGUGGUAGCUGCAGAACGUCAUCAUGUAAAGAAGACGGUCCUGGUAUUGAGCUCUGUGACAUCUGUAAUCUCCAGGAUUGGCUGAGAAACUACCAUCUGAAUGCUCUCCAUGACUUCAGUUUGUUUAAUGAGUUCUUAGAAAUGGUUAUCCAGUUCAGUUUCACAACCAUCUUUGUAGCAGCAUUUCCCCUGGCUCCGCUUCUUGCCCUCAUCAACAACAUAAUUGAGAUCAGACUGGAUGCCAUUAAAAUGUUGCACAUGGAGCGCCGCCUAGUGCCAAUGAAGACAAAUGACAUUGGCGUGUGGACUAGAGUUUUAGAGGUAAUCGGGGUGGCAGCAGUCAUUGCCAAUGGACUGGUAAUCGGCAUUUCAUCUGAAUUUGUUCCUCGUCUGGUUUAUCGCUAUCGUUUCGGACCAUGUUCCAAUGGAACAGCGACAGACUUGCAGUGUAUGGUAGGCUACACGGACUACACACUCGCCACUGCACACAUGUCUGAUGCAAAUGUGCGUAAAGACUUCACCCUUGACCAGAUGAUGCAAGGUGGGAUAAAUAUCACUCAGUGCAGCUAUAAAGCUUACCGCAAUGAACAUGACCAUAGCUUCACCUCACACUACUGGCUCAUACUCGCAGCCCGCUUUGCUUUUGUCAUCUUGUUUGAGCAUGUUUUAGUGGUGUGUAAGUUUACCCUUGCCUGGUUUGUGCCUGAUAACCCCAUGCGGGUGAAGAACCACAGACUACAUGACAAACUGAGCAGGCUGAAACAGGAAUUACAGGAACUGAGCGCACAAUACGACAACAGGACCACCGAUGUUUAAUUAACGAAGGUCUUUCUACUGAUGGCUCUCUUGAAAAAGUUCUUACAAGGACUAUGUUUACAUUGAGAAUGCCUUACUGCCUUAUAUGUAAAUGAUGGAGAGAUAAGAGAAACGGAUUUCAGCCACAGUUUGCAUUGUGACUGAAGGUUAGAACCACGUUAGUGUUGUAUAUUGACUGCAUCUCCAUUUUUGCUAGCCAAGACUCAUAGAUUUCAUAACACUAUUUGUUUUUGUUUUUUGUAAUUAGGCAUUUGAAAACUAAAAUAUUUGUUUUAGGGAUAGACAGUGCAGGACAGUCAUUUUGGCAAGCUUAAUACACCCGGUUAACAUUUUAAAAGUAACCUGCAGCAAUAAAUUUGUGAGGUUUUAGAGGAGGGCAGGAGAAGGUACUCUCGGGAAAGGUGGAUAUAUAAAACUUUUUUAAAUAUUGAAGGUACAUAAAGUAUGGAAUUACCUUUUAGGUGCACCUUUCAAGGUGAAGGAUACAUGCAAAGGUGCAAAAGGUGUACGUUUUCAGAGAGCCAACCCAGCAACAAGGCGUGUUAAAUUUUCUUUUUUUUUCCCCUGAGCGUGUAAACCAUAGCUUGCACAGUGACUGCAUAUGAUUAUAUAGUGGAUGAUAAUCACCCUUUCACAGUUCCAUGCUAUCCUAAUUUGUAUUGUUGUUAUUGCUAUUGUAUUUGUUAACUCUGUCACAGGAGGAAAAAUUAUUCAACUUCAUUUGUGCUAUAAAAACUUGUUAAGAUCGGUUAAUAUUGUAGAUCACAUUGUCCCCACGUGAUGGCAGUGGUGGCAAGGUUGAACAUGAACCAUGAAAAUUAUAGAUGCUUUUAGCAAACACUUCUAUUUUAGGCUACUUUUUUUUUUUUUUUUUUUUUUUUUUAACAUACAUUGAGCAACAACAGUGCCAGACUGGAUCUCAUAACAUUUUGCAGUUUACGAGUUGUGUGUGUAUGGUUUUAUAUAUUUAUUAUUUUUUACCAAUUUUUUAUUAUUAUUAUUUUUUUUUUAAAAGUAUGCACCGGUGUUAUUUUCCAUACAUGCAGUAUGAAGGGAUACAUUUUGGGUGAUCUGAGUAUAUUAAAUUGUGGUUGAGUAGUUGUAAUGCUGCACAAACACGAACUGUGAAUGUAUUAAACCCCAAGCGUCAUAUGGAAUUCAUAUGGAAUUCCAUUCAGGUCUGAAAUGUUUUAGAUUAUAAUAUAUUAUGAGGAGACCACAUGGAAAUGUAUAGUUUUCCUUCAUAUGUUUGAUAGAUGUAUAAGAAUGGAAUGUAUUUGUUUCAUGUAAUUUUUCCCCCCAGUGAUGUCAGUUAGUGGUGCAUCUAAGAUGAUAGAUAAGAUGACAAUAAGCUGUUAAUCAAAUAUUAUGUUUCAUAUUACAUAAAAAAGGUCAAAUUUCACUAAUGUAUAUUAUAAUGAUAUGCUUUAUCAGUACUCUUUUAUCGCUGUUAUAUGUUUGCUUGUUUCAUAGUGAUUGCACAUUAAAGCCCAUGGACCUUCCGUUGAAUUUACAGACUUUGACCUGAGGGGAAGGGAUGUGUUUCAUGUACAAGUAGUUGUACUUUUGUUUAAGCUAUUAAACAUUCAUUGACCACUUACUCAGGUUAAAAACUAUCAUAAGGGCACUUUUCAUGUAUGUAA